AGCCUAAUAUCGACUCCAUCAAAUUUUUGUCCAUUUAAAGAACAACCAUUGCUGGGACCGGGCGCUGCAUUCCCACCAUUUGCCGGACCAGAAUUCCAUCCCACCACACCGGAAAAUUGGAAAGGUGCCAGUGUCCAUCCCACAGCAUUGAUGAAAGAAACAGCAGCAAUACCCGGCCGCAAUACAGCAGUAGCUGCAUUUACCGCCCAGGGACAGGCACAGGGUGCUGUCAUGAUGGUUUAUGGCCUGGAUCAGGAUACAUCGAACACAGAUAAACUCUUCAAUUUGGUGUGCUUGUAUGGAAAUGUUGCCAGGAUUAAAUUCCUUAAAACCAAAGAAGGCACUGCCAUGGUGCAAAUGGGCGAUUCAGUGGCUGUCGAACGUUGCGUCCAACAUCUGAACAACAUUCCCGUUGGCACAAAGGGCAAAAUCCAAAUCGCCUUUUCCAAGCAGAACUUUUUGUCCGAAGUCAUAAAUCCCUUCCUGUUGGCCGAUCACACACCCAGCUUCAAAGAAUAUACCGGUUCAAAGAAUAAUCGUUUCCUAUCGCCAGCCCAGGCUAGCAAAAAUCGUAUACAACCACCGAGCAAGAUUUUACAUUUCUUCAAUACACCACCUGGUCUCACCGAGGAUCAAUUGAUUGGCAUUUUCAAUAUUAAAGAGGUUCCUGCCACAUCUGUCAGGUUAUUCCCCCUAAAGACCGAACGAUCCUCAUCGGGUCUAAUUGAAUUCCCCAAUAUUGCCCAGGCUGUUUUGGCCAUUAUGAAGUGUAAUCAUCUGCCCAUUGAAGGCAAAGGCACCAAAUUCCCCUUUAUUAUGAAAUUAUGUUUCUCAUCGUCAAAAAGUAUGAAUGGUGCCUGGAAUAAUGCUGCAAAUGAGGGUAUGAUUGAAAAGGAGAACGAUGCCGAAAUUAAACAGGAAGGUGUCUAUAACUGAGAUGAUGCCUUAAUGAUGUCGGCGGCAUCAUUACAACAACAGCAGCAACAACAACAUCAGCAGCAGCAACAACAACAGCAGCAGCAACUACA